CCGUUGGCUGUUCAGUUGACACCCUUCUCGAGCGAAAGAGAAGGAUGAACGACCCUGGGCUUCAAAAAAGGAUUUCCCCAACAAAAAACUUUGUUGCCGGGGGUGUAGGCGGAGCGUGUCUUUUACUCGCAGGGCAUCCACUAGAUACGAUAAAGGUUCGUCUCCAGACUCAACCCAGGGCCUCUCAAAGUCACGCAAGUGUCAUCUAUACUGGAACAUAUGACUGUUUACGAAAGACAUUAUCAAAAGAGGGGGUGCUGGGCCUGUACAGAGGCAUGGGGGCUCCACUGCUGGGUGUGGCCCCCAUGAUGGCGAUAAGUUUCUUUGGCUUUGGUUUGGGGAAACAGCUCCUGCAGCCAGACCCCCGAGCUCCACUCACGUCCCAGCAGGUAUACCUGUCUGGAAUGCUGGCAGGGGUCUUUACUACAGUCAUAGUGGCCCCUGGGGAGAGGAUCAAGUGCUUACUUCAGGUGCAGUCUUUGUCAGGACGGCUGAAAUAUGCAGGACCGCUGGACUGUGCUGUGCAGCUAUAUAAGGAACAGGGGAUCCGCAGCGUUUACAAGGGAACGGUCCUCACACUCAUUAGAGAUGUGCCUUCUAGUGGUUUGUACUUCCUGACCUAUGAAUAUGUGAAGAACGCUCUGACUCCUGAAGGACAAAGUGUCACCCAGCUUAGCACUCCCAGAAUCCUCUUGGCCGGUGGUUUGGCAGGCAUUCUGAACUGGGUGGUUGCGCUUCCCCCAGAUGUUCUCAAAUCAAACUUCCAGACAGCUGCGGAAGGGCGCUACAGGGGUUUGCGGGAUGUCCUUGCGAACCUGAUCCGGGAGGAAGGGGCUUGUGCUCUCUACAAGGGCUUUACCGCCGUCAUGCUCCGAGCAUUCCCCGCCAAUGCGGCCUGCUUCCUGGGAUUUGAGUUAGCUCUGAAGACUCUCGACUGGUUGGCUCCCAACUGGUGACCCCUGGGAUUGGUUGGCUCACUGAUGACUUGAGCAAGACCAGGACUUCUGGUACCUGGUGUCACUAUGACAACAGCUUUCUAUAAUUUAUGAUUUAUUUAAUUUUUUUGUGCUGCCAAUAAUGUUUACUGACCAGUUGAGUUAUUGUAAUAUCUAUUUUUCAGUAAAAUUGAUUGCUAUGUUUGCUUUUGAAACAAAAUAAAUCUACAUUUGUUCUGACAA